AUGGAAGACGACGAAGAAACACUUUGCCGGUACGGAACACAACUUCCCGCGUACGAGGAAGAUGCCGUACCUUCGAAGAAACCGAUCAUGGUGGAAGAUCAGAUUGUGCUCGACAGCAAUGGCAAGCGUCGGUUUCAUGGGGCGUUCACCGGCGGGUUUUCAGCCGGCUACUGGAACACGGUCGGUUCCGAGGAGGGCUGGAAACCGUCGGAGUUUAAGAGCUCGCGAAACGAGAAAGCGUCUUCCCAACGGCAGCAGCAGCCGAUGGACUUUAUGGACGAGGAAGAUCUGGGCGAAUUCGGUAUCGCUCCGCAGCGUGUCCAAACAAAGGACGAUUUUGCACACGCCAGUGGUCACAGUGCGUCCAGUAAGGCACACAAACGCCGGCUUGACCUAAGCUUCCCCAGCGGCCCAAUACCGGGUCAACCGGUGCUGCGGGCACUGCUUGAGCCGGCCAAAGAGAAAACGGCGGUGCGGAUGUUGAAAAACAUGGGCUGGCGCGAAGGGCAGGGUGUCGGCGAGCGGCAGACGAGGACGGAAAAGAAACGUGCCAACGAGCGCACCACAAAGGAGCAGUACGUGAUGAAAGUGUACGGAUGUGAAAUACCGGGCCGUACAACGGAAGCUGGCGGUGCCCACACCGAAUCGGGCUCGGACAGCGAUUGCUCCGACUACGAGGUGACAUUUGCACCGGAUGACUUCGAUCCGCUAGUUGCGUCUAUGAAGGAUAAUACCUUCGGCCUCGGCUAUAGUGGGCUGGAUCGUGGGGGAACGGCGAAAGGCUUCAAUCUAUUCGACACGCUCGAGGUGGUGGACAAAAACAACAAGAAGCUGUCGAUCCGCGGCCAAGCCUUUGGCAUUGGGGCGCUAGAGGAUGACGAUGAUCUCGAUGUGUACGCUCGGGACGACAUGUCACGGUACGAUUUCUCGCUCGAAGAUCGGCACGCUAAAGCGGGCGUUAAGGCACUAAAAUCGGGCCGCGAAGCCAACGCACUGGAAGGAUUCUGUUCUGCGAGCAACGGCCAAAGGAAGGCGACAAAGAAGGUGUUCCGAUCGACGAUGCCGGAUUCAUUUAAACCGCGACACUGGGAAGAACGACGAAGUCGUUUCGAGCCAUUGGACGAGGGUAAGGCUUUGAAGAUUCGCCAAGAAAACGCGUACAAGAUUCGGGGCUUGGGAAGGCACGAUCUCGAUCCAAAGGCGCGGGCCGAAAUCCUCGGCGAGCAAACUAUUGUAGCUCGGACGGUGCCUGACGCACCCGCUAGCAGCAGCGAACCGCCUGGAACAACGGUUACGGGUGCAACUGGGAGUGAUAAACAAACAGCUUCCGAGACGGAGCCCAGCAGCCAUCUGAUUCCUUCGGGUUUGGUGAAGGAAGCCAAGGUUUUGGAGCAACAGUACGUCGGUUCGACGAAGGCCGGCUUUAAACCGUUCAUUGCCUAUCCGGACAAGCAGGACCGCUACGAGCAAUUCCUGGCCUUUCAGCCAUCGGAGCGCUAUCUGACACGCGAGCAGUACCUAGAAUCACUGCAACCGCUAAACCUCUCGUCCUGGGAUCGUGAACGUGAGCGGAAAGAGUUUAUGCAAGCCGAACGAAUGUAUCGUCCGCUGGACGGACUGAUGUCCGAUCGUUUUGUGACUGCAUCGACGCUAAUUGCGGAGAACACCAUCACCCUCGAUGCCCCCGGAGAACCGCGGCAAAUCAAAAUGCAGCGAACGCAAACGAUGUGGAAACCGCACAAGGAUCUUUGUAAGCGAUUCAACGUGCCCGAACCGUUCGGUGGCCUGAUGGCGGACGACGGGAACACGGAAGAGAAGCGACGCAAGGAGAAGGCAAAAUUUUCGGUGUUCGACUACCUCGAGGCGCCGGCUACGAACAGGCGUGAUUUUGUGACCCCAGUCGUAAUACCAAGAGCCGCGGCUGCGGCCACCCCAGUAGAUCGAAAACCGGGCAUCCCUCCGGCACCGGCUGGGCAACGAAUUUCGUCGAAGGAAUUCUUUACGAACGAUUUUCCUCCAACCGACGGUAGCAGCCCAUCAGCACCCGCAUCCAAUGCCGUGGCACCGAAACGGGUGGACCAGAAAAAGCCGCGGACCGCUCUGGAAGAGCAGGUGCUGCAGGCGACAAACAAGAAACCGGAAGAGAAGCGUGAUCUGUUCCGAUCGAUUUUCUGUAGCACUAGCGACGAGGAGAGCGAAACCGAUGCAUCGUCGUCGGCCGCCCCAAAGGGGGGUCAGCCGGUUGAGCUGACGGACGAGCAGAAGCUAAAGCUGGUCGACAGUUUCGUGGCCAUUAAACCGGCGAGUGAGGUCAACAUUUUACGCAACAAUUCUCCACCGCGGGGCAUUUUUAAGAGUUUGUUCGAAUUCCGUAAACCAUCCGGACCGCCGGCUGGAGAAGAAGGCAGGCAUACGGAAGACAGUGAGUCCAGUAGCGGUAGUGGUUCAUCGAGUGCCACUGAAUCGGUGCCGGGUGAGGAGGACGAAGGCCAGCAGUACUACGGCCCCAAACUGCCAACGGCGACCGGUUCGGGGCCUGGCAAAGCAAAUCCCGUGCCGGUUGCGGAGAGCGCGAAAGACGAAGACGUGUGGAUUGAAAAGAAAAAGAAAAAACACAAAGACCACAAAGACCGCGGCCACCACCGGCGAAGCAAAUCGAAGAGCAGCAAACACAAACGGGAGAAAAAGAAGCACAGCAAAAAACAUAAAAACACUAAACGCUAG